GAUAGCCAGUCCUCUUGGGCGGCCGAGAGUGUUAUGUAAAAAGGACCAAGGAGGAUCCUAUCCUAAAGGAGAAGGAGGAGGAGUAGGAGCUCGCUUUAGGGGCGGAAUCUAAUGAUUACGAGAUAAACAAUGAGACAAAGGAGAGCACUUAGACAAUUCACUUUGAGUACAGGGAAGUCUGCUGGUAGGAAUUCCUCAGGGCGUAUUACGGUUUUUCACCGAGGGGGUGGAUCGAAGCGAUUGCAGCGAAGAAUUGAUCUGAAACGAAGCACUUCGUCUAUAGGCAUUGUAGAAAGGAUAGAAUAUGCGCCUAAUCGUUCUUCUCGAAUCGCUCCAGUACGAUGGACCGGGGGGGGGGUCCGCCAGAGAAAAUGCAACACGAUAGAAGAGUUCGCUCCGCCGCGUAAGAUCCUCGAAUCAACCACGACUACCAUCUGCGGUCCAUUUUCGUUCUCUUCCCUGCCCGGGAAGGGGGAUCAAAGAAAGGUAGCUUGCUUCUCUCCUGGACGGAUGGCGACUUAUGUAGUGGUCGGCCUUCCUACCAGAAUGCCUUCUUGGUCGAAGAGCCCCUUUUUGACUAGUAAGGACGCAGGAAGCAAAAAAACUUGCGCGAAGGACGUUUUCUUCUCUGCCCUCUCCUCUCCAAAGGCCAAGGGAGAGACUGCAUCCCUUUCCUUCGGUAGCUCUUUUGGUUUCCCAAGGAUAGCGGUAGCUGGGGCAAAGCCCGCUUUCUUCGCUCCGCGAAUGAGAGAGAAAGUCAGAGGAAAAAACACGUUCUCUCUUUGCGAGAUCCGAAAGUGGAGAACGCAUAGCAUUCUAUGGGUACAUAGGAUCAAACGUAAAGCAGCGCUCUCUUGGCAGAGUUUUAGGCGGCAAGAGACUUUAGGGCUUGUUGGAGCUUCUGAGCGUAACGAAUCGAAGCCGAAGACGGAUCAAGGUAGCUUGCCUGCCAAGCCGAUAGGCGAAGGGCUGAAGGAUGGAACGUGCAAAGUAGAUCUCACACGGGAAAAGAGGUCAAAUGGCGGCAAGGCCAUACGCCCGUUUGGCUCCUCGCGGAGUAUAGCUCACAUCCAACAUCUGAUUGGGGAACGGGGCAACGCCCAUGAAGCUCCGGCGGAAAGGGAAGGCCUGCCAGGCCGUAUGCCCAUGGGUGCAGGAUUCUUCGAAAAAGCGCGGGCUGACUCGGAGACCUGGGACCUUGGCUUAGUAAUGAAUGAAGGAAGCUCUUCGAGCUUUCUCCGCCAGCGGCUUAUGUAG